GGGGUUGUCAAGAUACCCACCGUCUGCACAGUAGGGGUGCAGGUAUUUUAAGGGUUAAGAGCACCCGAAGAAAAUAGAAGUAGGAGGAGGAAGUGGGGCGCUGGGUCGCAGUAAGAGAAGGAAGCAGCUCGUCGGAGCUUCCUCUUUCCCCGAAGCCCUCACCCCAAGCCCGUCUCCCCGCGCCGCCCACCUCCCCGGAGGGUCCGCGCCGCGCUUCCGCCCCCUUGGCCAGCUUCACCUUAUUCCUGGGGGUUGCAGGUGCUCGGCGCUGGCGUCCCUCUGGCCACCGCCGUGCAUUACCCAGGAUCUGUUCCCUCCGGGAGCGAGGACGCUCAGAGCCGGGACCAGGGUGGUGGUGGGGGUUCGGGGGCUGAGGCUCAGAUGCCAGGCGGGCUCCUGGGCGUGACUUCUGGGAUGCGCUGCCCAGCGGGCACUGGACUGACGUCUCACGGCCACCAGGCCCCGCCCUGGAUCAAGCCCCGCCCCCAGCGAGAGUCGCCCAAUCUGGGCAGAUGCUGGGUCCUGCCGCGCGGCUGCAGCUGGGGCGCGGUGGUCCCGACGGCCACUAGAAUUGCAGGGAGUCGCCGCUAGAGAGGGGCUCGGCGCCCGGCGGGGACUGCAGGCAAUGACUCAGGAUGCAGCCUGGGGCCACGACGUGCACAGAGGACCGCAUCCAGCAUGCCCUGGAGCGCUGCCUGCACGGACUCAGCCUGGGCCGCCGCUCUACCUCCUGGUCAGCCGGGAUGUGUCUAAACUGCUGGACCCUGCAGGAGCUGGUCAGCAGAGACCCAGGCCACUUCCUCAUCCUCCUUGAGCAGAUCCUGCAGAAAACCCGGGAGGUCCAAGAGAAGGGCACCUACGACCUGCUUGCCCCACUGGCUUUGCUGUUCUACUCCACUGUCCUCUGUACGCCACACUUCCCACCAGACUCAGAUCUCCUUCUGAAGGCAGCCAGCACUUACCACUGCUUCCUGACCUGGCCUGUCCCUUACUGCAGCAUCUGCCAGGAACUGCUCACCUUCAUCGAUGCUGAACUCAAGGCCCCAGGAAUCUCCUAUCAGCGACUGGUGAGGGCUGAGCAGGGCCUGCCCAUCCGGAGUCACCGCAGUUCCACCGUCACUGUGCUGCUGCUGAACCCUGUGGAGGUACAGGGUGAGUUCCUCGCCGUGGCCGACAAGCUGAGUGCACCGGGGCACUCGCCCCACAGCACCUACAUCACCCUGCUCCUGCAUGCCUUCCAGGCCACCUUUGGGGCCUACUGUGACCUCCCAGGCCUGCAAUGCAGGCUGCAGGCCAAGACCCUGGCAGAGCUUGAGGACAUCUUCACUGAGACUGCCGAGGUGCAGGAGCUGGCGUCUGGCAUCGGGGAUGCUGCAGAGGCCCGGCGGUGGCUCAGGACCAAGCUGCAGGCAGUGGGAGAAAAGGCUGGCUUCGCUGGGGUGUUGGACACAGGAAAACCUGGGAAGCUCCACACCAUCCCCAUCCCUGUGGCCAGGUGCUACACCUACAGCUGGAACCAGGACAGCUUCGACAUCCUGCAGGAAAUUCUGCUCAAGGAACAGGAGCUGCUCCAGCCAGGGAUCCUGGGGGAUGAUGAAGAGGAGGAAGAAGAGGAGGAGGACUUGGAAACCGACGGACAUUGUGCUGAGAGGGACUCCCUGCUUUCCACAAGCUCUCUGGCAUCCCGGGACUCCACCCUGUCCCUUGCCUCUUCCCAGGCCUCAGGGCCAGCCCUCUCCCGCCAGUUGCUGACCUCCUUUUUGUCAGGCCUCUCAGAUGGCAUGGACAGUGGCUACGUGGAGGACAGUGAGGAGAGCCCCCCCGAGUGGCUGGGAAGGCCUGGCAGCCAGGAACGCCGGGGCUACCACAGGCCCGGGCAGAAGUUCAACAGGAUCUAUAAACUCUUCAAGAGCACUAGCCAGCUGGUUCUGCGGAGGGACUCUCGGAGCCUGGAGGGCAGCUCGGAUACGGCCCUGCCCCUGCGGCGGGCAGGGAGCCUCUGCAGCCCCCUGGAUGGCCUGGAGCCACUCCGCUCCCGGGCUCAGCGCUCCCACUCCCUGCCCCAGCCCAAGCUCAGCACCCAGCUCUCCAGUUGGCUCCUGGCCCCUGCUUCACGCCACCAGCGCCGGCGUCCCUUCCUGAGUGGGGAUGAGGACCCCAAGGCUUCCACGCUGCGUGUUGUGGUCUUUGGCUCUGAUCGCAUUUCAGGGAAGGUAGCUCGGGCAUAUAGCAAACUUCGGCGGCUAGAGAACAAUCACCCACUCCUCACGCGGUUCUUCAAGCUUCAGUUCUUCUAUGUGCCUGUGAAGCGAGGCCAUGGGACCAGCUCUGGUGCCUAUCCAGCCUCUCUGAACCAGACACCCCCACUCCACACAGACUCCCCGAGGCACCUCAGCCCUGCAGAGCUGGGCACAGCCCCAUGGGAGGAAAGCACCAAUGACAUCUCCCACUACCUCGGUAUGCUCGACCCCUGGUACGAGCGCAAUGUGCUGGGCCUCAUGCACCUGCCCCCUGAAGUCCUGUGCCAGCAGUCCCUGAAGGCGGAAGCCCGGCCCCUGGAUGGCUCCCCGGCGCAGCUGCCCAUCCUGGCGGACAUGCUGCUGUACUACUGUCGCUUCGCUGCCAGGCCGGUGCUUCUGCAGGUCUACCAGACGGAGCUGACCUUCAUCACGGGGGAGAAGACGACAGAGAUCUUCAUCCACUCCUUGGAGCUGGGUCACUCUGCGGCCACACGCGCCAUCAAAGCUUCCGGUCCAGGCAGCAAGCGACUCGGCAUAGAUGGCGACCGGGAAGCCGUCCCUCUAACACUACAGAUAAUUUACAGCAAGGGGGCCAUCAGUGGACGGAGUCGCUGGAGCAACCUGGAGAAAGUCUGCACCUCUGUCAACCUCAGCAAGGCCUGCCAGAAGCCGGAGGAGCUGGACUCCAGCACGGAGGCCCUGACGCUAAACCUGACAGAAGUGGUGAAAAGGCAGAACCCGAAAUCCAAGAAGGGCUUUAACCAGAUCAGCACGUUGCAGAUCAAGGUGGACAAGGUGCAGAUUAUCGGCUCCAACAGCUGCCCCUUUGCUGUGUGUCUGGACCAGGACGAGAGAAAGAUCCUGCAGAGUGUGGUCAGGUGUGAGGUCUCGCCCUGCUACAAGCCAGAGAAGAGCGGCCUCUCCCCGCCACCCCAGAGGGCCCCAGACCCACCAGCCCAGGCUGCACCCGACCUCUGCUCCCUCCUGUGCCUGCCCAUCAUGACUUUCAGCGGAGCUCUGCCCUAGUGUGGGCUUGGUGCCAGACUGGACAGGAAGGCCUGGGCGGCCUCCUCUGAGCCCGGCUCCCAGACCUUUGCAGUCUGUGCAGGAAGGAAUGGCCCUACGCUGAUUCACCAUCCCCCUGUGGGUCUUGCAAAGGAUGAAACAGGAUGGUUUCUGGGGCCUCAGGUCUCUGAGGAAGAAACAGGCAUUAGGGAGAUGAAGGCAUGAGCCCAGAGCCUCUCAGGUUCCUCACGGGAGAAGGAGAGGGAUGGGUGAGUUGACCUCUGAAAGUCCUGACCACCAGCACGGACUGAAAUCCUUUCUAGAAGGCAGAUCUGAGGCUCCGAUGUGCUGGGGUAUGGUUUGGGCCUCUCCCAACCCUUGGCUGUGCCUACCCCUUACUUUGUCAAAGACUUGGGGAACGCUUUGUGGCUGGGGUUCAGUCCCCUCCACUCUGGGGCUCAUGUGGUAGAAACAUAGAAGAGACUUUUCUUUCCUUCGGUACCACCCUCCCCCCGACGCAGGCACACCAGCACACCGGCCCACAGUAUCUCUCUCUCAAGUCCCGUGGUCUUCUGGAAACAGCACUAAUGACUGACCUAUGGUCAGACCUGGUACAGAAUGCUCUCUUGACUCCCUUUCUGGAUCUGAGAUCCUUGGGAGACAGAACAGGCUUCAAUUCAGUAGUAGCUCAGUUUCCUUCUAGCUAAAUAACCAGAGGAAGUGAAUGAAAUUUAACCUUCCAUUUAUUCAGCUCUGAAAUAGGGGGGACAGGUGGAAGGGAAUUGAGGAGAAUCCUUAAAGGAUUGAGAAGUUGUCAGCAAAGCCUUAACCCCCUGCCAGGAUUAGUGCCUCAUUUUCUAAACGCUGAUUCCUCCUGUUUGGAGUCCUUGGGAUAUUCUUGCAGCCUCUAGAAUGCUCCUCACUCACACCUCCCCCAGCUGAGGCACAACCCAGACUGAGGGGGUGAGAAGCAUCAAUUCUACCUUCCUAAGGAGGAACUGCCUUUGUCGGGGUAAGAGGGGGCUGCUCAGAUGCCUCAUCCUCCACCCCCUUCUCUGUCAGGUUGGCCCCAGUGCCUCCACUCCCAACUCCCAUUGACACUCUUUGGGCUGGCCCACAUUGUGUGCAGAGUUCUUUGGCACCGUUCCAGCACCUGGGCAAGAUCCCAGAGUACAGGAAGAAGAGACUGGCCUCGCGUCGCUUAGUGCCUGAUGGGGGAGAGAUGGGACUGAGGCCUGGGAAAUGACGGCGUAUGAGAGCCUCAAUUUAGAACGGCUAGGCUGAGAAAUAGAAUCCCAGCGUGCCUCUUCCUUACUGCCCUCCAUUUCCCAGGGCAGCCACUGCUGCAGCCAUGUUGCCAAAAUGAAAGAAGCAGAGUCAGCACCACUUACUGUUGCCGCCCCAGCCCCCAUUACCCCAGAGGGAAGAGACUGGAGAUGAGGGAUGGGCAUCCCCUCGGGCCACCCAGCCUUCUGGGCCCUCCCCCAUGGCCAGUGGAAAGCCUGGUGAUCCUAAGUCAGGAAACCACAGAGUAGAAGAUACUUGGAACAAAUAUGACCAAUAAAGAGCUCACGUCUAGUAUGUAUAAAGAACCCGUCCAGACAAGCUAUUAGGAGAAUUGACAAAAGACCAGAAAAGACACCUUAUAAAAAUGGGGUUCUAAAUGAACCAGAAACAUCUGAACAAGUAUUCAACAUCGUGAGUCGUGAAACAAAUGCAAGAUAAAAACGCACCACUUUGAAAUUGGAACAUGCUGCUGGUGGGAUUGGAAAAUGGUGUAAUCACUAUGGAAAAUAGUAUGUUGGUUUCUCAAAAUGUUAAAAAUAGAACUAUAAUAUGACAGUCCCACUUAUACCCAAAAAACUGGAAGCAGGAUCUUGAAGAGAUAUUUGCACACCCAUGUUCACAGCAGUACUAUUCACUAUAGGCAAGAGGUGGAAGCAUCCUAAAUGUCCAUUGACAGAAGAAUGGAUAAACAAAAUGUGGUGCAUACAUACAGUGGAAUACUAUUCAGCCUUAUAAAAGAAAAAAAUGUCACAUACUACAUUUGGAUGGAUGAACUUUGAGGACAUCAUACUAAGUCAGCAGUUCUCAGCCUUCCUAAUGCCUCCCAAUGCCACGACCUUUAAUACAGCUCUCGUGUUGUGGUGAUGACCCCCAACCAUAAAAUUAUUUUCAUUGCUACUUCAUAACUGUAAUUUUGCUACUGUUAUGAGUCGUAAUGUAAGUAUCUGAUAUGCAGGAUAUAUUUUCAUUGGUACAAGGGGGUCAUGACCCACAGGUUGAGAACUGCUGUGCUAAGUGAAAUAGCAGACAAGUACAGUGGGCCAGGUGCAGUGGCUCAUGACUGUAAUCCCAGAACUUUGGGAAGCUGAAGCAGGAAGAUUACUUGAGGCCAGGAAUUUGAGACCAGCCUCAGUAACAGUGUGAGACUCACACACACAUACACACCCAACCCCUGUCUACAAAGAAUAAAAAAAUUAGCCAGGCACAGUGGCACACUUGCGGUCCCAGCUACUCAGGAGGCUAAGGGAGGGGUUUACUUAAGCCUAGAAGUUUGAGGCUUCAGUGAGCUGUGAUCACACUAUUGCACUCUAGCCUGGGUGAUAGAACAAGAUCUGUCUCUAAAAAAUAAAUCGUUUUUUAAAAAGGCAACAAACAAACAAAAGACCUGCAAGGUUGGGUGUUUUGAAAAGUUGGAAGCUAAUGUGGACUAGGGUGACAGGGUGCAGGGCAGGACCAGGAUUUGAACUGAUAGAGGUGGAGAAAGUAACCAGGAAGCAUGAAACUGUAUUCCAUACAAUGCCCCUCUUCUUUUCCUGAUUCAUCCCUCCCAGAAGGUCCUGGGCUAACUGGAGUCCAUGAACUGCCAGCAUGGGAUGCUCAGGACUUGAGAGAAGUGGGCAGGGGCAGCCCCUACCCUGUCUCACCUCCUUCCCGUCCUCAGUACCUUUCCUCCCUGUCCUCCCCAUCAGGACUUGCUCCAGGCUCCAGGAGUGGGGGCCACAUACCUUCAACACCUUUCUGCUGUGUGAGCAGGUUAUCUUACUACAUAAACAACAGAUAUCCCAGAAUUAAUACAAUUUAAUAUUAUUGUCAAAUAAAACUUGAUUUGUCUCAUAUUUAAUGACCAAUAGUUAUUUUGCUGCAUGACGAUUAGCUGCUAGUUGGGCUGUUUACAUAAAUCAUUUCAUAUACAGGAGAAAUAAGAUUCUUGGUUUUGCUUACAUUUUUGUCAUUUUUUGCUCUAUAGAAAAUAUGUUUGGGCUAAAACUUGCCGCCAGCACUGUUCCCUUUAAGCCUCAUCAUACCCCUCAUCGUACUAACUCAUAGAACAAGAAAUCCUAUGCUUAAG